AGGGUCGGGGUCGCCUGGGCGCACGGCAGGACGCAACAACGCUUUGAUACUGUAGCUACAGUAAUAUAUACUGUACAUACAGUACAAUAUACUGUACAUACAGUGCUCUAUACACACAGCAACACACACAGCUACACACACACAGCAACACACACAGCUACACACACACAGCAACACACAGCUACACACACACAGCAACACACACACAGCAACACACACACACAGCAACACUACACACACACAGCAACACACACACACGGUGACACACACAGCAACACACACACAGCAACACACACAGCUACACACACACACAGCUACACACACACACAGCAACACACACACAGCAACACAGCAAGCCACACACACAACAACAAACACACAGCAACACACACGACACCACCACCACCGCCACACGUAGCCCUCGGCCAUGGCUUCGGCGGCGCUGAAGGUGGCGGGCUGCAUGGAGUGUCUGUGCGGCAGGCGGGCCACCAACGUCAUCCUCAGGGCCGUGGUCGAGCCAAUCGUGGACUUCUUCACCUGCGUGGCUCAGGUGAUCCUGAGCAUCGGGCCCCUGCGCUGGGUCCGCACCCUCUGCUUCCCCCACCUGGCCGAGAACUUCACCCUCUGGGAUGGCUGCCUCGACUGCUGCUGCUGCUGCUGCCGCGUGUGCGAGACGAUGGACUGCGCCAGGGCCGACCGCAUCAAGAGGACCUGGCUGACAAAGAAGAAGCGCAGCGGGCGGGGGGGCAUGCAGUCGCUGCUGUGGAUGGUCACCCACAGCGUGUGCGCCUUCCUCCUCGGGCUCAUCAUCGGCGUCUUCUUCUUCUACACGAUCACCUUCGACUUUGGCUACGACAUCACCACGUGCACCUACGUCACCGCCGUGGUCGUCUCCUUCCUGUCGCUGGGCAUGGCCUUCUCGUUGACGGUGCGCGCCGCCUUCAUCCUCAUGCUGCCCUACCUCUUCUCCAAGGAGGGCCGAAUCGCCGUCAUCUCCAUGGCCAUGCUCACGGUGGCCAGGGGCCCCGCGCAGAACAUCAAGAACAACUUCCAAGCGUUCGCCACCUCCAUGGCCUGCGGGGCCGAGAUGGCCACCAACCAGACCAGGGAGAUGAUCCGCAGGGCGGCCACACCGCUCUUGGGGAUGAUCGACCAGAUCGAGACGGUGUCGGGCAAACUGAAAUCUCUGUCGAGCGAAGUGGGGAGAAUAUUCACGGCGAUCAAGGAGGGGGUCAUGUUCGUCUGGACGUCCAUCUGCAAUGCCGUCGACUGGCUGAUGAACGUCGGUGAAAACUGCAACAAGAUCUUCGACGACCCCUACCAGAAAUGCUUGGCCGGCUUGGACGACGGCUACAGGAAAUGCAAGGAGGAGCUGCACUGGAUCGUCAACUGGGUGUGCGGGAUCGUCAACAGCGUCAAGUGGGUGUGCGAGAUCGUCAAAGUGGGGAAGGUGUUUUGCCUCGUGCCUCAAAAAAUUCAGAAUUUCAUCCAAGAGAAAGUGUCCGACUCGAUCGGGAGGAAGCUCGACGAGAUGAAGAACCAGUUUGCCUUCAACUUGUCGGUGCACCACAAGUUCAGCAUGGACCGCGGGGCCUCCGCCUCGGCGCCGCAGAUCGCGCGCAGCAUCAUGGCCGAGGUGAACCGCCGCACCGUGUACCUGGACUACGUCAUCGCGCUCUUCACCGAUGUCGCCUUCGUCGCCAUCGUCUACCUCUUCGCAAGGUGCCUGUACUACCGACACAACUUCCUGUACUGCGACGACUUCGACAACGUGUACAUCACGGAGCGGUUCGUGCGCGUCGACCUGAUCCGCACGCGCCUCGGCCAGGAGUCGCUGCUGCCGCUGAACCGCGGGGAGGCGUCGCGCUACAUCACGCCGCGCUCGCCGUACAUGUCGCUGGAGGAGAAGGAGAUCUUCGGCAGCAACUUCGUGGAGUGGCUCGGCUGCUUCUUCUACGCCGUCUUCUUCAUCUGCCUCGACCACGGCGUCUACGGCAUCCUGAACACCGUCGCCGAGUUCCUCUCCGUCGAGGUGUUCGCCCAGGCCCCCGUGAAGAUGAAGCUGAAGGUGGAGGGCGACGGGAUCAUGGCCAACAUCUUCAGCGUGCUGGCGGAAGCCUUCGACACGCUGCAGGAUGGCCAGUUCCAGGUGAUCACCAAGAAGUGCGCGCCCAGCCCCAGCUACCUCCCCGUGGCAAGAAUCUUCCACAUCGGCGCCAUGUUCGGGCUGGCAUUAUUCGUGACCGUGUUCCAGGUGUACGGAAUGCGCCUGCGCCGCCUCGUCUGCUCCAACUACUACCCCGUCAGGGAGCGAGAACGCGUCCUGUUCCUCUACAACAAGAUCUUGUGCCGCCGGCCCGGCCAGCUCAAGUCCAUGUGGAGGGCAAUCCGGAAGAACGCCAAGGACGGCAGUCACUCCGGCUUCCUGCUCAUCCUGGCCUCACGCUUCACGUGCUUGAUGCCGAUCGUCAACCUCCUGGGCAUCUACGAGAAGCACUGCAUGGCGUGCGCGUGCCCGGCCACCAGGCACUCCGGCUCUUCCUUCAAGUACUGCGUCGUGCCCGGAUGCAUGGGAUAUUACUGCAGCGGCUGCAUGGAGAAGCUGAAGCAGUGCACACUGUGCAUGAGCCCCGCGGACUACGGUGACCUCUCCGACCUCAGCCAAGUCAUGGACUCGAGCGACGAGGAGCUGAGCCACAGGGUCGGCGGGUCCCUGAGGCAGCGGCGGGGACGCAAGCACAAGCCGGAGCGCGCACUCCGGCGGGACGCGGAGAGCAGCAGCGGCAGCGGCAGCGGCAGCGGCGGCGAGCAGAAGCUCGACUUCUCGUACCAGUACAGGAGGCGCGGCGCGGAGGAGGUCGGGGAAGACUCGUAAAACAACGAGGGUGACGGUGUCGUCGACAAGGACUAGUCGGCGUCUGGCGAGGACGAUGAGUCGGAGAAGGGUGACGACGAUGAAAAGGAGGGGGAGGAGUAGGAGGAGAAUGACGAUGGUCCGUGGUGCACCAUUCACAGCCAUGCGGCACCAAACCGGUGAAGGAAGAGGCCUCAGAUGGAAGUUGUUUGACCAUACUUCACCACGCUGGUCAGUCUGGGUUUACGACCAACACAGUGUGGGGUGGGCAUGGGGGGGGGGCCUCGUCAGUGGAUUGACUCGGGUGGGCCAAGGUCAUCUUGCUGUGAUGCAGAUGUUUGUAAAUGCACCCCGUCCACACUGCACACACUGCAUGCGCCUGAUGUAGCGAUGCACCGUGGGGGGGGGGGAAGAGUUUGAGUUGACAAGUAACGUGGCCACAGGGCUACGGCACCUCGAGCUGGAGCCACAGCAACUACAGCCUGAUGCAACUACAGCCUGCAGCAGCUACAGCCAACAGCAGCUACAGCCAUAACACUACAGCCUGCAGCAACUACAGCCUGCAGCAACUACAGCCUGCAGCAACUACAGCCAUAACACUACAGCCUGCAGCAACUACAGCCUGCAGCAACUACAGCCUGCAGCAACUACAGCUAUAACACUACAGCCUGCAGCAACUACAGCCUGCAGCAACUACAGCCUGCAGCAACUACAGCCUGCAGCAACUACAGCCUGCAGCAACUACAGCCAUAACACU